CUUUUAUUUUGAAAGAUCACAUCCGGUUUAGACACCGAGACGAGAAGAACGUCUUUCACCAUAACCGCUAUCUUGCAUAGCUUUAGCGAUCAAUUGCUUUAUUCCAGCUUGUAAGGUAAGACUGAUACAGGUGACACCCCUCAACCGGAUUCAUCAGCAGAUCUUCCAACUGAAGCUGAUCUCUUCAAUAUUGUAGUAUUAAUACAAGGACAACAAAUUCUCCUUACCAACUUUUUAACAGGUGAGCAGCAGCUGCCCCGGCAAGAGCUGAUUUUUUUUGAGGUCCUACACAUAUUUGACCACUUUUGACAACUUUGAGACAUGUCUUACAAUCAACCAUACCGAAACCCACCCGAUGAUUACAGCGCAAGCAAUGACAAGUACAAAGACUCGCAACGAAUUUAUCACCGGGAGUCUACCGCUUACAGGUCGCGAAUUAGGGGCGCAUCUCCAGAGCGGACGUCUCCAUCCUCAUCAGAACCUGUCCUCUCGUCUGCUAAGGCUUUGUCUUUUCUGCAUAGCUGUGGACUGGAUGCUGAAGACCUUCAAACUCUGGCCAAGCUUCCUGAGCAUCUCAUCGCAGCCGAUACCCUUCCUGACCUUCUUGCGCAGAUCAAAAAUAAGAAAGCGUCCAACACUUCUUCAUCUAGGUCCAGUGCGCUCCAACCCGGUUCAUCAUCUCGCUCCUGGGACGACAGGAGCCACACUCAGCUGGUUGAGUAUCCAUUGGAUUUGCCUGUCCGUCAGUCAUAUUCCAUUCCUCGAGAGCAGCUUCCAACCUGGGACGACCGCUGGGAAAAUGCCCAACAAACAAGCUCUCCAACAUGCACGCACACCAGUUCUGACUCAAACUAUGUGGUUGAGUACAACCAUCUGAAAGACAAACAGUCUUAUUUUGAUAAAGCGUCUUAUGCCACAGAACCAUCAAGGCAGAAAACGUCCGUUGUCCCGCAGUCUUACUCUAGCCACAGCAGAGACGUUAGUCAAUCCUCACAUUUGUCCAGCAGAGACGUCAGUCAGUCCUCUCCUCUGACCAGUAGAGAUGCAAGUCAAUCCUCCCAUCGCUCUAGCAGAGAUGUCAGUCAGUCCUCUUAUCUGUCCAGUAAAGACGUCAGUCAGUCCUCCCAUCGCUCUAGCAGAGAUGUCAGUCAGACCUCUUAUCUGUCCAAUAGAGACAUUGGUCAGUCCUCACAUCUGUCUGGUAGAGACAUUGGUCAGUCCUCACAUCUGUUCGGUAGAGACAUUGGUCAAUCCUCACAUCUGUCCGGUAUUGGUCAGCCCUCACAUCUGUCCGGUAGAGACAUUGGCCAGUCCUCACAUCUGUCCGGUAUUGGUCAGCCCUCACAUCUGUCCGGUAGAGACAUUGGUCAGUCCUCACAUCUGUCAAGUAGAGACAUUGGCCAGUCCUCACAUCUGUCGAGCAGAGAUGUUGGUCCACCCUCGCUCCUGUCCAACAGAGGCAUCGCUCCACCCUCGCUUCUGUCCAGCAGAGAUGUCGGCCCACCUUCUCUCCUGUCCGGCAGAGACGUCGGUCUGCCCUCGCUCCUGUCCAUCAGAGACCUUGCACCACCCUCGCACCUGGCCAGCAGAGACGUUGGUCAGUCUUCACACCAAAGGAGGACAGAGUCAGCUCCUAGAGUGCCUACCAGGAAGGAGGCGUCAGAUUUCCACGGGAAAACUCCACCAGUAUUUCCCUACGCAUGCGUGCUCUGCGAUAUCACUGUCCUCUCUAUCAAGGACUGGUCUUUGCAUAUAAAAGGAGCCCAACAUGCUCAUAGUCAACUUAGUCUUGUGGAAAAAUAUCCAGCGUGGGAUCAGACAAUCCAAUCUGCUCGAAGAAAUGAGCCCCAUCCUGAUCGACACGCGUCCAGAACAACACAGGAACGAGGUGGAACCUCAAGCAGUAGAAAUGGAUCGUCAGGCAGCAAAAGUGCAGCGUUGAGCAGUAAAAGUCAAUCAUCAAGCAGCCAAAACCGCAAUAACACUGAAGCAACAACGAAGUGCAAAGUGGUGUGUGUCAAGUUUGAAGUGGAUGAUGUGGAUGAAGCUUACCUGAAAAAAUUGCUUGGCCAGUUUGGGGCGAUUGUCAAAAUUAUCAUGUUACCUAGAAUGGCUUUUGUGAAUAUGGGAACAGCAGGCCAGGCAGAGGAUAUAGUAAAAUAUUUCUACCAAAACCCUUUGAGGAUCAGAGGAGAACUGAUCGUAUUUACUCUGUCUGCAGCAUUCAAUUUCCUACAGACUUCUCGUGUAGUGAGCUUUUCACCGUUACCUUCUAGUGAUGGCAUACGCUCAGAGUUGACGGCCAUUGCUAAGCGUUUCGGAUCAGUUAAACAUUCUCUGUUUCUCCCAAGCCGGGGUUAUGUGGAGAUGAGCAGUGCAGAGGAGGCCGACAAAUUGGUGGAGCACUAUUCAACCAAUUCACUUAAAAUAAAAGGAAAAACCAUUAACGUUUGCUCCUCAACUGAGUACCAGACGCUUGAAAUGACGGAUGCUGACAAAGAAAAAUCACCAGUUCCUUAUAGCAGCAGCAGCAGCAGCAGCAGGAGGAGGAGGAGGAGGAGUUGCAGCCCGAGGAGGAGAUCCCACAGAGACUCUCCCAGCCCCAAACGAAGAGCUUCUGAAGAGAGGUCCAGGUCUCGCAGGAGUCACGACUCUAAGAAACGAGAAGAAAGUCGACGCUCACGGGAGAAAACCAAAGAGAGCUCUAGACGGGACAGCUCAUCCAAAUCCCGUUCUAAAAAAAGCUCUCCUUCGAAAGACCAGAAGCAAAAAACAAAAACAGAAGAAAGUGUGAAGGAGACUGUUGAAGACGACAACAAUCAGUCUGACAUCAUGACUGAUGAUAGUGAUCUUGAAGGAGUGGCGGUUAUAGCUGAUGAUGGUGAGGCACUGAAUUCAGAAGAUGAGCUCACAGUAGAUGAAGAGAUGGAUGAUGAGGCGCAUGAAACCUCCGAUGAACAGGAUGCAUCUGAAGAUGUCCAAACUGUGAAAGAGUCAGAUGAUCAGACUAAACCUUCAGACAUGGACACAUCGAGCAUACAGCCAGAGACGUCAGAGUGUGCACCAACUGCUACUACUUCGGAAAGAUCGAGCGAUUGUAAGGAAGCCCAAGAGCUUCAACAAGGAGAGCAAAACGAGCUUCAACAAGGAGAGAAAAAAGAGCUUCAACAAGGAGAACAAAACCAGCAACAAGGGGAGCAAAAAGACAAUACAGUGGAGAUGGAGGAGGCAGCAGAUUUCUCAGAGAAUCUAGACAAGGAGGGAGUGUUGACAGAAAAAGGUGAUGAAAUGGAGAUCUCGACUUCAAGCACUGAGGAAAAGUUUGGCAAAGUUCUGGAGGUGGCAGGGUUUCCAGUGGCUAAAAAAUACAGUGAAGCAGAUUUACUGAAAAUUGGGAAAAAAUACGGAGAUGUGGCAAACUGCUGUCUGGUUCGCAGCAAUCGAAAGGUGGAGAAGGCAUUAAUUGAGAUGGUGAAUGCUGCCGAUGCUGCAAAACUCGAAGCCGAGUGUAAAAGGCAACACAUUAAACUAGGCGGCAGAAACUUGAGGAUAACCGUGUCAAAGAAAUACAGCCACUUGAACGAGGGGCAAAGUGUUGACGCUGACACUGAGAAACAGAAAGUUAAGGAAGAUACUGAAGAGAACAAUAAGGAGCCAUCAAGCACACUGGCUUCCAGUGAGGAGAGCACAGUAGUGAUGGCUGAGACCGAGAUCUCUGAAGAAGAUGCUGAGGCUCAGGAAGAAAAGGAAACCAGCAUGGACACAAUCAUGCAAACGUCUAGUGAUGAGGAGGACGGGUAUGGCAGAGUUCUCCGGAUCAGAAACCUUCCCAUGCCUGAUGAGUACACUGAUGCAGAAUUUCUGAGCAUCGCAGAACCGUAUGGUAAAGUAGUACGCCAUUGGAUGUUUCGCCUUCAUCGAACGGGACUGAUUGAAAUGAAAAAUGCCUCUGAUGCUGAAAAGGUUGUAGCUGCGGCCAACAUGAAUAAAAUUACAGUUGCUGGAAUGCAUCCCAAGAUUUCAGUGUCUACCAAACAUGCUCAUUUAAAUAAAAGGUACUUUCUACAUGGACCUAGUGAUGGUUCUAUACACCCAUUUUCCGAGUUAGAGGAGGAAAAUGAUGAAUCCAAGACACAAAACAGUAUUUCUGAGCAGCAGCCGUCUAUCCAGACAUCAGCGAAUGUCGAGGAGUCUUCGAAUGAUAAUCGAGAUGACAACUCGAAGGGAGAUGAGAAGCAGGUUUCUGCAGCUGAUGAUGGAAGCGUAACGAAGGAGGAAAAUUCAGACACUGUGUCAGAGACGCAAACACCUGUGAUGGACCCAGUGGGCACAGAGUUUGUUCGGCCUGUGGUGGGUUACUUCUGCAGCCUGUGUAAUGCCAUCUAUGCCAGUGAGGAAGAGGCGAAGGACGAACACUGCAGGACCCCAGUGCAUCAUCAAAAGCUGAAGGAGCACAAGGAGCGUUCAACAUAAACCAUGACAUGAAUCAAGCCAAUCCAGAAAUCAUUCAUAGACGCUCAUAAUGAUAACAUACUGUAGCUAAUUCACAUCAUAAUAUGUGUUAAGUCAUUAAGUGAUUCAGUACUAAUGCAGAAAUUGUCAUUUUAUUUGAUCUUUUUUUUAUUAAUUAUAGCUUGUUUGUUCUGAUGUGCUUUUAUUUCAUUAAUGGUUUUAUCUGGUGAUUAACAAAAACUGUCAUGUUUUCUUCAAAAAGCAUGUAUUUUCUUGCAGUGUGUACUGGAUUGAGUUUAAAUAGAAUGCCUUAAAAUCGUUCCCGUUCAAAUAAAGACGUAAAGUUAUGAAAUAAGCGCGCUUGUUUUCUUGACGCGGGUUUUGAUUGGACGGCUGAUGGUUGUCUCCGCCCACAGUAUGCCGUUUCCAUGACAAUUCAACAUGGCCGCGCACGGUAAGCAGAAUGUUGUGGGGUUGGUUGUAAAUAAGUUGAUUUUAGCUCGAUGUCGGCACACAUUUGCCUAUAUUUUAUUGUGAAUAGAACGAAUGGCUUUUUAUGAAGCCAAAUAAAAUGAUUUGGUAAACAAAAAGCGAUCAAUUAAUGCCUGUUUGAUUCGAAUGGAGGGGGUGAUCCUCCCUUACCCACAAGCCAAUCUGAUAUUGGAUGUUGUCCUGCUGCUCCUCUU